UGUUACAUUACGUAGUGGGCGUAAAUGCUCCUUGUAAUGGCGACCGUGCCGUUGAUGUGCCUAUGUUUGUGAAAAUGAAGCGGAGAAGAAGUUAUUUCUUUUAACUAAAACGCCGAGGUUCCCGAGAGGAGGACUUUGCGUCAAUAACCGUCAUCUUCAUACGUGGUAAACGAAGCUGUACUUUUAUAUUUUUGUGCUCCCGAAAUGAUGAAGCUCAAGUCCAACCAAACCCGGACGUACGACGGGGAUGGCUACAAGAAGCGGGCCGCCUGUCUGUGCUUCAGGAGCGAGUCGGAAGAGGAGGUGCUCUUGGUGAGCAGCAGUCGACAUCCUGACAAGUGGAUUGUUCCUGGAGGGGGAAUGGAGCCUGAAGAGGAGCCAAAUGCUGCCGCAGCUCGAGAAGUGUGUGAAGAGGCGGGUGUGAAGGGGACCUUAGGUCGCUUAGUUGGAAUAUUUGAGAAUAAGGAGAGGAAACACAGAACCUACGUGUAUGUUCUAAUUGUAACAGAAGUACUGGAGGACUGGGAGGACUCUGUCAACAUUGGGAGAAAAAGGGAAUGGUUUAAAAUAGACGAUGCCAUACAAGUGUUGCAGUGUCACAAGCCUGUUCAGGCCACCUACUUCGAGGCUCUCCAGGAGAGUUGCCUGACCAGUAAUGGAACGCCACUUGUGACCACGAUAGGCGAGGACCUCUCACCAACCUACAGCAUCAAUCAGAGCUCCGUCUCGGGUAUCAGAUAACUAAAAACAAUAAACUUCCCCCCCCCGGAGCUUUUGCCACCACUUGCGCUCUUACUUGUGUCACUUCUCUCUUUCUCCUCUCCUUUGUUCUGUCCUCUCUACUAUAUAUUUUUUUCUCAGUAACAUGGUUUGCCUUGCCAACUCCUUUGUGCCAGAAUUGUGGCACAGACUUGAUGACAGGUGUUAGGUGAAAAGUCUGAAACACUUUGUAAAUGUAAUUUUGGAUCCGUUUUUUUUUUUUUUUUCGUUGUUUUUCUUCUUCUUACAUAAAAAAAUGCAUGAAGUAUCCCCUCAUUCCCUGUCCUUUAUGCACCCUUAGUGUGGUGUCAAAUGAAUGCAAGAACUACUUUUUACUGUUGUAAUGUAAAAGUGUAUGCGUAGUGCUUAAGCUGAAGGCUUUUGGUGGUCUUUUUAAUGUCUUCUCCAUUAUUUCGGUUGUUUUCUGUGACUGAAUGUGCCCAUAAGUGUGCUCCCCUCCCCCCCUGUUGUAAGGAUAGGAAAUAGUGCGUAUCAGAAGCAAAAGAUUUGUGGGAAGCGUCUUGCAUGAGCACUGUUCUGUUGUGUCUCGCUCACGUGAGUGACCCGAUGCUGACUGUGCAACAGAUUUGUGGCAAGGUCUUUGGCUUUUCUUCUUACUGUAGUUUUUUGUUUCUUUUCUUUUUUUUAUGCUCGGCUUUUAAGCACGGUUCCUAGUUUUUCAAUUUCGAUAGACUUUCAAGUGUCAACUGUGUUUCUCCUUAAUUUGGGAAGCUAGCCAAGCACUACAGGUUUCACUCUCAAGCUGAGUGUAUACAGUAAACUGUACAGAGAGUGGAAGAAUGUUGAGAUAUGAUGUAAAACUAACUCCUUCUUGAUAGAUUGACCUAGUUUUAAUCCCAUUCUUUCCUUCUAUUAUAUACUCUUGUGACUACAAAGUCUUCCUCCCCCUAAUUAGAGGGUGAAAGAAGUAGAUUUAAAGAAUCAUUCAUUUCAGAAUUGAGCACAUAUCACUUAAGUUAUUAAAACCCAUGUCUGUGUUUUACUCCUCACAUUCAGUUUGGUUGAAAAACAAUUGUUUACAUUGUGUUCUUACCAUAGCACAGAUUUAGCGGGCACUUUCAUUACAUACAUGAUUAUUCAAAUUUAUUUUAUUAUUUUUUUACCCUUAUUUUUUUUAUAUUUAAUCUGCAUCCCCAAGAAGACUCAGAACAGCUGAUUGACAUUGAAAGUAAUGGAUCUGUUAUCCUGUCUUUGGCAAAGAUGCAGAACAAACAAGCCUUGUACAGUUUGAGACCUCGUUUUUAACUUGUAAAAUGCUUUUGGAUACUUAUUCUUUCUCUUCUCUCUAACGUUUGGCAAGUCUCUUUAGCCGAGCUGCGUCACGUGGUCUUGAUGAGUCAUGUGGCAGCAGGCUCAAUACUGUGAAACUGGAGGCGCUGUAGAUAGCAUGUAAGAGGUUUUUAUUGUAAAUUGUUUAUUUCUGUAUAGAUCAAAGGUGAGAGUGCAAAUGACAAAAAACCUCUUACACAUCUUUGAGUGCUACGUGUCAUUUCAGCUGCGGCUGGAAGAACUAAAAACUUCUUUGUUGGCUUAUGAGCUGUUGGGAUUUUUUCCUUUUUGAGAUGGCAAACAGUAUACCUGAGACUAAAGAACAAGGAAUGUGGUUGUGAGAUUAAAGAGCCUUUUUUAAUAAUAAAAUAUAUAAAUAUAUAUAGAUUUACACACGUGGAUUCCCUUCAGAUUGUAAACCACGAGGGUUUACCUGUUUGUUUUUUGGAUCAAGUGUAAAAUAAUGAAUUACUGCCACGGAAAUGCAACUGAAAUUUCUUAGCUGCUUCUCAGAUUAGAGAUUAGCAAAUCUGUUGUCUUGUAUUUGGUGCAUUUCUCUGCCCUGAAAGCACAUCAACACAGGUUUCCUGUCUGUUGAAACUUAUUAGAAUACCCUUCUUAUAGGAUGUUAUGUUUGGGUAUAAGAGAAGAACCACCAUUAAAAUGUCUGGUAUAUUGGUAAAACCUACUUACUUACAAGCCAAGUGAUCCAGUGAAGUUUAUAAAUUGCAAAUAAACUAGUAAAUCACAAACAAUAGCCAGAACAACAGGCUUUAGUAUCUUUACAAAUUAUUUAAAUGGUUAACUUUAAGCACCUUGUUAGAGGCAAUUCUGUGGAUGUUUUCCGCAUCUGUAAUCAAACAGUUCAGUUCUGAUCGAGAGCAAAAGGCUGCGCAUUUUAUCAAGAAAUAUGCAUAGAAAACAACUGCAUCAUAACUGAUCUGAAGGAAAUAGCUUUGACAACUGAAGGCUAUUUGCAAAUGUCUAAAGAAAAAGCAUGGUGUAUAGAAAUAGAUAUUGAAACCUUUUUCUAAUUUGUAAAUCAGGUCAACUCCCCUCCAGCCCAAGACUUUGAACUGGUUUUACUGCUGUGCAUCUGCAGGGCGUGGUGACUAAAGUCUUGCUUUAUGAUACCCCUCCUGGUUUGUCUGCAAGCCCGUUUAUGUAAAUAUGCUGUUGAACAUCAAUAUGACUACCAAUUAGACAAAAAAAAAGCUGCUCAGACCAAUUGGCAGUGAUUGAAUUUUUUAUCUGAGUGGUGGGUACUGUCAAAAUGAAUGUGAGGAGGAUUUCCAUAGGUAAUAGCCAAUAAUGUAAUUAUUAAUCGCAGGUUGUUUCUAACCACCAAUAUGUUAGCUAAACCAGAUUUUGUGAUGAGAUAAUGCUGUAUAUAAAGGUAAAAGAACAACCUAAAACCAGGAAAGCUCUUUGGCUGUGGUUCAGAAUUAUUGUUCCUUAUUGGGGAAAAACCUCACUGAGUUUCAGACUUCAAUAAAAAGCAACGUCGUCUUGAAAUGCAGCAUGAGAGAAAAUAAAUGCUCACCAAUAAAUUUCACAUUCCCAAAAAUUAAAGAUGGCCGAAAUGAUAUACCCCUUAUCCUUGGUGUUUCUGCUUACAAAACCGGCUCUGUAGUUGAAGGAAGCAGACCAGAGGGUGUUUCUUUUUUACACUGAAUCUUUAGAUAACAUCACUUCCUUCUCCAAAGUGGGAAUCAGAAUCAUGUUUGCCAGUGAAACAGCUCCACCUUGUGGCCAUGGCAUGAGUAUUAAAAGCACAUCUCAACAGCUGAGGAUUGUAAACAUUCAGUCUCCUUUAUCAGCUGAGCGACUGCAAAAAAAGUUUUAUAACCCCAAAAUUACUUGCAACUGAAUUACAAAUGUGUGUAAACUUCUAGAUGUGAAGCUAAGCCUGGAAGUUACGUACUUGUAAACAACUUGUGUUUAUUUUGUGUCACUGGAAUAUAGUUUUCCUCUCUUUCAUCGUUUGGGACUGUGGAAUAAAACCAGAGCAAGACUUAAGAUUGUAAUAUAAAUGUGCCAACAAAUAAACAGCAGUAUUUCACAUUCUGUAAA